UCUCCUGCCUAGAGAUACCACUGGGCACAGGGAAAGAUCUGUAAAGUGUUUAUGGUGCCACUUUGUCCCAUGGCUGAAGAUGGUCUGCCAAAUAUUUAUUCUCCUCCUCCAAAAGAAAACAGUAAAACUGAAGCAACCAUUUUCUUUGGGGCUGACAAUACUAUUUCUAGAACAGAAACAUCUUUUACUUCAGAAGGAGACCACAUUACUUCAGUAAACGACUAUAGACCAGAAAGUGACUUCUCAACAACUACAGGUAACAAACUUCCAUCUCCAAAGGAAAGAAUAAAAUCAGAAGAUGAUGUAGAACCCCAUGUUAUCAAGCCAACAAUCCAUCUGGAGAAAGAAAUCACUGCUCUGACAGGCACUGCAAACACCAUGGCUAAUGACUCUUUUAUUGGAAAUCUCAUUCCAGUGAAAAUUGGUAAUAACUCAUCACUAGUUGCUACUGUUUCAUUAAUAGAUUUUUCCACUAACACAGCAGAAAAAGAUAUCCCCUUGGACAACACUGACCCAGGAGAUAACAAUGUCUUAAUAACUUCUGAAGUCUCAAGUGAAAGUACCAUCAGGAUUACUGACAGCCCUGUGCUUCCAGCUAAGAAGAAUGGACCUGCUGUUGACAAUUGCAGUUCUUCAGUUAAAUCCAGUAUCACUGAUAAUGCGGCUAUCCAGAUCAUUGAUUACUCUACUCCUGAGGCUGAAAAAUCUCUCACUACUGAAAAAAACAUCACUAUUCCAGACAUAACCAACCUUACAGAACAGAAAAUAACUGAAAUUGAUCUAAUUCUUCCAGAGGAUGACACCAAUGCUGAGCCUCAACUAAUGGAGUCUGAUGAAGAAAAGCUUAUCACUGUGUUUGAACUCACUACCACUGCAGAAAAAGACAAAGAUAACUCAGAAGAUAUGUUAACUAAUGAAGACUCUGUGGAUGGAGUCAAUGUCUGGAUGGAGAAAGAGACUGCAAAUGAAGCUGAGAACCAGCCCAUUUUGCUUACUGCUGUUGAAUCCAGAUAUGACUUUGUUGUCCCUGCAUCAGUAGGUAUGAAUGUCAUGGAAGAUUCAUCUACUACAAAAGAUCUUUCUGAAAAUAACAGAACAGAACCUGAGGCAUUUUCAGGAACUAGCCCUAUUUUUGAUACCCCAAACCACAAGGAAGACACUUUUACAACUGAAAUGGGUGUCUUUAAACUACUCAAAGAAGAUCCAGAUGAGUUCCUGAUUUGAAAGCAGCAAAUGAGUUAUCACAUAGAAAAGUGCAAUAGCCUAGACAGCUAGUCUUCAUAUCUAAGUUUGUCCAGCAAGCAAAAAUCUUUUCAAAACUGAAAGAAUAUGGGCACGUAA